AUGGGCAUGAGAUAAAGAGUGGCACUUUUAUUGAGCAGCAAGAUUUAUGAUAUUUCAAUGAUAAUUUUAAUUGUUGUUUAUACUGCUCUGGUUUUAGUAUAAUUUGGAGUUGAUGAGUAGGAUUUCUAUGAUGGUGUUAAAGAUAAAUUAUUUAUUUCAGAGCUUGUGCUGCUUGGCAUUUUCACUGUUGAAAUCUGCUUUCAUAUAUUUGCCUAUGGAGUAUUAUAUCUGAAGGACUUUUGGACUUUAGCAGAUAUAUUUAUUAUUAUAUUUUGUCUGGUCUUUGUCCUGUUGGAUUUGUUGCUAGAUUAAGGGACCAAUAUUAGAGGUUUUCUAAAAGUUCGAGGAGUGUUUAGACUUUUGCGAAUCUUUAUAUUAGUAAGAAAGCUAAAUGCUGUUCGUAUUAGAAGAGAAAUAAUCAAGAAGAAGACUAUGAAUGAAUCUCUAGACUUGAGAGCUCCUCUAGAGAUAGUUCUAGACAUGCUGUGCGAACUAAGAGACAGAAUAGAUGUAUCAGAAAGAAAAAUCAUAGGCAACCUUAAUUACUGCAUUCAAUAAAUUUAAUCAAAUAAGCUCUACGAAGCUGACCUUGAUUUCGCUGAGAAUCAACAAACAGAUUAAAUAAAUAAGGCAUCAAAGCAGAGCGAAGGUGGUCCAAGAAGAAGCUCUUUUGCAAAUAAAGAUGUUGUAAGCUGGUACAAUAAUUUUUCAUCAGGCUUUAAAAGCAAAAGAGUAAGUGGAGCCUCACCAGGAUUAAUUAGAGAUUCAAUAUUUACAGAUCAAGCAGCUGAAUAGCCCUUGGAAGAUUUAAUUAAUUUAAAUGAUGAAGCUAAGCGAUAGUUAAGUUUGAUUGAAACUCACGACUUUAGCGUAUUUGAAUUAGGAGAUCAAACUAAAGGAAACGAGUUAAUAUCUAUUUCCUCUUUCUUAUUCCAUAAACAUCGAUUUUUCACUAAACUCGGCAUUCCAGUUGAAACUUUUAUAAGUUUUAUUGCUAAAAUUUAAUCUGGAUAUAAGGAUAUAGCUUAUCAUAAUAAAACUCAUGCAGCUGAUGUCUGCCAAACUGUUUACUACUUUACAAACAAAGGAGGAUUUUAUGAAAAGGCAUGUUUAGAUGAUCUGGAAUUCUCAAGUAUGCUACUAGCUGCUUGUUGUCAUGAUUUUGAACAUCCAGGCUUUAACAACUUAUUCUUGAUUGAAACUGGAAAUGAAUUAGCCUUGAGGUAUAAUGAUGUAUCAGUAUUAGAAAGUCAUCAUGUAGCAAGCAGUUUUUCAUUAAUAUCCAAUGAUAAGUACAACUUGGUAAAAAAAUACGAUAAAGAUGAUUUUAAAAGAUUUAGAAAGAUAAUGAUAGGCUGUAUUUUAGAUACAGACAUGUCCAAGCAUUUUGCAGAGUAGUCCAAGUUUAAAUCUCGCGUAGCUUCUUGGGAUUUUGAGCCAAGCAAAAAUGACAAAGAAAUAACAAUGAAUAUCCUAUUCCAUCUGUCUGACAUUUCUAAUCCAACUAAGAAGUUCGAAAUUUUUAAAAAGUGGACAGACCUAUUAUUCAUUGAGUUCUUUGUAUAAGGAGACUAGGAGAGAGACCUAGGACUUCCUAUUUCUUAUCUAAUGGAUAGGACUACAGUAAACAUUGCCAAAUCUUAGGUCGGAUUUAUUGAUGUGAUCAUUUACCCAGCUUAUGAAAUCCUUUUUUAAGUCCUCCCUCAAAUUGAGGCUAGCGUUAUAAAUAUUAGAGAAAACAAACAAAGAUGGUAAAACCUAAUUGAUGAAUACGAGCUAGUAACAGAAGCAGAGAAGAGAAAACUUGUCAGCAAGCAAAGUGGUACCAUUAGUAAUCGUUCAAAUUCAUAUAUGUCUUUUAAACAAGAAGACGAGGAGGAAGUGUGA